AUGGCAAUAACCUGCCAGGGAACGAUGCUCCUCUCAAUGAGAAGGCACCUCGAGGACCUAGAUAACAGGGGCCGGAGGUGCAAUAUCCGCAUUCGGGGAGUCCCAGAGGCUGAGGGUUCAACAGAAAAUGUGGUGGAAAUACUCACCGAACUCUUCCAAUCCAUCUUGCAGCAAACAUCACCACAGCACAUAGAGUUCGAGAGGGCACACAGAACAACGCGACCCAGGACCUUGGAGGAUGGCCCAAGGGACCUGAUAUGCUGCCUACAUUCCUUCCCAAUUAAAGAUACCAUCAUGAGGAAGGCCCGAGAAAGACCAACAUGGCCCUACAGGGGCACCCAAGUGGCAUUAUAUAACGACCUGUCCCCAAUCACACUGGAGUCCCGGCGAGCCCUUCGCCCCGUGACGACCGCAUUACGAGAACGAGACAUCACCUACAAGUGGGGGUUCCCGUUCGCACUGAUGGCCAGACAUCGAAACGGCUGGAUCUCAAUACGCUGGCCCGAAGAAGUACUGCGGUUCAUGGAAGAACUAGGCCUUCCAAUACCGGUUGUCCCCAACUGGAUACUGGGAACAUCAGCUCCAACACAGCGAACGCAGAGAGGACCCAGGCGGAGAGAAACACGGUCACCUUCCGCUCAACCUGUUAGACGGCGCAGGAACCCGACAUUUCCAGAGGAGUGA